CUCAAGAAGCUCAAGAAGCUCAAGUAGCUUAAGAUCACCGCCUCUGCAAUGACGACAACCAAGGGCAAGAUGCUGCUGGUGGGUGCUGGUCCGGGUGACCCGGAGCUGCUGACGGUCAAGGCCUAUCGCGCAUUGCAGCAAGCAGACCUGGUACUGGCCGACCGCCUUGUCCCCUCCGAGGUCCUGGAGAUCGCCAUGUGCGAGGUGCGCGUGGCUCGCAAGCGGUGCGGCAAGGCCGACUUCGCGCAGGCGGAACUGGACGCCUGGGGCCUCGAGGCGCUGGCGCAGGGAAAGCGUGUGGUGCGUCUCAAGAAUGGCGACCCAUUCAUGUACGGUCGUGGUGGAGAGGAGGCUGUCAUCUACUCUGAGGCCGGCUUCGAUGUGGAGGUGAUUCCGGGCAUCUCUAGCUCACUUUCAGCGCCUGCGAGUGCCGGCAUCCCCGCCACCAUGCGUGAUGUGGCCGACCAGGUGCUGGUCUGCACUGGCCACGGCAAGAAGGACCGCUUCCCGGAUCUGCCCGAGUACUGCGACCACCGCACCACAAUCUUCCUCAUGGCUAUCGGUCGCAUUGAAGGACUCACCAAGGCGCUGCAAACCGAACGCGGUUAUCCGAGCGACAUGCCCGCUGCUGUCAUUCACGCAGCCACCACGAGCGACGCAUGCACCGUCCGCAGCACGUUAGGUGAGAUCGCUGACGAAGUCCGUCGUCGAGGUAUCGACCCACCUGGAACGCUGGUGCUGGGUAACGUAGUCAAUGCACUGACCUACCUCAAAAACUACGACGCCGUGAAGGACGUCGACGUUGAGCCCGAAAGCGCACCCAAGUAUACUAUCUCGUACGCGCCGCUGUCAUGCCUCCCGGAGAUCGACCUGGGCGAACACAUCGUGCUCAAUGCGAAGACCAAGCGACCGGAAAUUCUCGGCUUUGAACUGUCCGUUGUGAAUGUUGUCAUGGUGCUGCUCACUUUGGUUUCAGUCGUGUACUCGGUGGCGUCGAGCGUUGCUAUCACUCAGGCGUAAGAUUGUAUUUAAUAUCGUAAAUCUAUACCUCACUUCAUUACCACGAAC